ACUUUACCUUUACCAAUCCCCUUCUAUCUUUUCUAAAAGAAACAAAUCAAAACCUAUAAAUUCCUUCUUAAUAGUCUUCCUUCAUGCUGUGGUAAAAGGGCCACUGAGUAUAAGCCCAUGUGUGGAAUCAUAGAGAGAGAGAGAGCGCUUUUUCUAGUGAACGCGCCCAAUUUUAGUUAGGUUAGGUUAGUUAGGUUAGAUAGAUUACGAUCAAUGAAGUUGGUAAACUAACGGCGAGAGUGUUAUUUUUAAUCAGCAGCGCACACGCUCUCAUCUAUUAUCUGAUCUAGAUUCGCGUUGCGUGAUAUUCUUAUCUGGCGAUUCUUAUCUAAAAUUCAAUAAGAAUCCAAGAUAAAUAAUAUUUUGUUUGACUGCUAUCGGGUGCAGCAAGAACAUUUAUUCGUGUUUCAAUUGCUCUAAGUGUUCCCCGCCUGGAAUUCAAGCAAAGUUCCAUGUAAAAUUCGGUCUGUACUACUUGCUCGCUGGAGUGAAAGCAAAUUUGCAUUACAAUGGACAGCUAUUCAACGCAGAACUUUGACUCAUGCAUGAUGGUUUCUGGGAAUCAACAAUGUAACGUCUCUCCGUCUGUGAACAAUCAGUCACAGGCAGGACAAGUACAGACACAAGAGGACGAUAAGCAGCAGCAAAUGGAACAAUCUCAGAUAAUACAACAGAAUCAGUCCAACACUCUACACAAUAAAGUUCUUACUCCAGUCAGAUUACCCGCUAUACUGGAUGGAGAGUAUUUCACAGUGACCAAACUGGAAGACAGCAAUGUCACAGUCCGUUGUUCCCAAUGUAAGAGACACUUAAAUGGAAACCUCAAGUCCACAGGCAACUUCCUUAGUCACAUAAAGCGUGUGCAUCCAUUUCUGGCUGAAAGAAUCAAGAGUAAGUCUAAUCAGAGAAAGCCCGCGACGCUCUUCAUCGACGCGUCGUUAAAUGAAAAGCCCGUUGAAACACGUGGGAAGCGCUACAAAUUUGAAAAAGCUGUAGACGAGGAAGGCGUGAGUAAUAAGGAAGAUUCUUACGAGCAUCCGACAAUUUGGAACGACACGACGUUCAAUUCGAAGAGUCUCCGACAUACUUCCGAGGAAAGUCCGGAAGUCAUUGAUCAGCUGCGCGUCACGGCUCACAAUACGAUCGUAAUGGAGGACGAGUACGAUGCGAUCGGCCGGAAUGUCGCCGCGAAGCUCAGGAACAUGCGCUUGGACCAAAGAAUAAUAGCUGAGAAGUUGCUGAAUGAUAUUUUAUUCGAGGCUCAGCUUGGCAACCUUAGCAGAGAUUCGAAUAUUCACGUAUGAUCAAUAAAAUGGAGAUAUUCUGUAGGAAUGCCAUAAUAUGAGGCUUGUGCGAUUUGAUCUUUUUGUGAAGCGCGAUGUAAUAUAUAUGUAUAUAUUUAUAAUUUAUUGCAUAUUUACAGAGUAUAUAUAUAUAUAUAUAUAAUAUAAUAUAUAUAUAUCUGACAAUUGAUAAUCACAAUUAUUGAGACACUCGUGUGCAGAACUCGUCAAACUGAAUAUAAAAUUCUUUUAUUAUCUCGCAAACAGUCAGUAAAAUAUUGAGUUAUUAAUUAAAGAAGAUUAAUACAUUCAGAUUGUCCACUAAUCGCUCAAUCGUCUACAAAUUUUACUUAAUAAGUAAAAAUCUCCGUGGUCAGUUGCGUAUGGUAGAAAUUUUUUUCAGUCUGAUUUAGUGCACAAAUAUACAAUGACAGACGUUGCCAUUAUCUAUCGUAUCGCGCGUGAUCAUUUACCAAUCUUUUUUAAUUAAUAACUCAAAAUUUUAAUGAUUGUUUGCGAAAUGGUAGAAGAACUUUGUUCAGUUUGAUGACUCCUACCUGUAUACAACGAGUAUGUCAAUAAUAUUGUCAAAUAUACAUAUAUAUAUAUAUAUAUAUCCUGUAUAUAUAAUAAAUUGUCAGAUAUCCAAUAUAUAAAACAUGUAUAUAUUACAUAGCGCGCAUAGUGUGCGUGCAAGGACUAGUACGUUUGUGUGAAUGAAUGAUGACUCUCAGUGCAAUUUGAGCGAUACUAGACUGCGAUUUGUUCUAUUGACAAUUCAUUUAUAGACAAAGAGAUCGUAUCAUGUGUGAGCGAGAGAGUCAUCUUGAAUAUCUGGACAUAAAGAGAAGAAAUUUCGAUAUUCUUAUAAAUAUUCUGAUUUUUUAGAGAGUAGUGCCUAUUACAUGAAUGUAGGGCCACUCUUCUUUUUAUACAAAUAUGUAAUAUUGUAAAUAUAUCCUUAUGAAUGUUCUUAUGUUAAAUACAUAAUUAAGGAGCGGAACAUGCUGCCUAGAAGUAGUCUACAAA